UCUCUCUCUCUCUCUCUCUCCAAACCCGCGCCUGUUCAAGCUGUGUCACAAUUAACUCCGCCUUUGUUCCUCUUUUCCUUCUUUACAUCACAAAGAUCGAACCCAAGAUUCCCAGUGAUGAUCCCCUCUUCCUCCUUGGCUUCUGUCUCCAUCGCAAGAAGAGGCGACUGACAAGAAGACGACACGCGAUUCAGGCGGCACUCCCACCAUUGCUGCUGACCUCCUCCAAAUUGUCUUCUUUCCCCGGCUACCUGGCUCUCUAGAUCGAGUCACGGGUCAGGCGCUCCACCCCCUGACCCGGCGCCAUGAGCCACUACACCAUGCAUGCAACCAUCAACUACGCCGCGCUGCCGCCCACGUCGCCGCUGGAGCUCCCCCUCCCGUACCUCCCGCCGCCUCCGCCGCCGCAGUUAUCGCUACCGCCGUUGCUGUCGCCGCCGCCACCACCGGUGGCGGCGGCGGUGGCGUCCACCGAUGCGGGCUUUCAGAGCAGGAUCAGCCCCAGCGUCCUCCUCAUCAUCCUGAUCUUGGCCGUCAUCUUCUUCGUCUCCGGCCUGCUGCACCUCCUCGUCCGGUUCCUUCUCCGCCCGGCACCUCGGGACGCCGGCGACGCGUUCGGGGCCGACGCGAACGCCACCGCGUUCCAGGGGCAGCUCCAGCAGCUGUUCCACCUCCACGACGCCGGCGUCGACCAGUCCUUCAUCGACGCGCUGCCGGUGUUCCUCUACAGCGCCGUGGUCGGCGCCGGCGGGAAGGACCCCUUCGACUGCGCGGUCUGCCUCUGCGAGUUCGAGGACGACGACCGCCUCCGCCUCCUCCCCAAGUGCAGCCACGCGUUCCACGUCGACUGCAUCGACACGUGGCUGCUGUCGCACUCUACCUGCCCGCUCUGCCGCCGCAGCCUCCUCGCCGACUUCUCCCCCUGCGGCGGCGGCUGCAGCCCGCUGGUGUUCGUCCUCGAGUCCGGCUCCGAGGGCUCCGUCUCCGAUCGCCUCGACGCGGCGUCGUCUGCGCGCCUCAGCUUCGUCAUGGAGCAGGAGGAGGCAGUGCAGGACCGGAAGCACGCCACCGCAGAGGCCGUGGAGAAGAAGGACGAGGUGGUCGUCCCCGUCAAGCUCGGCAAGUUCAGAAGCCAGGCCACCGAAGGAGCCGGCGGCAGCGCCCACCAUGGCAACCAGGACGUGAGGCGGUGCUUCUCCAUGGGGACCUACGAGUACGUCAUGGACGACAGCUCCCUGCUCCGCGUCGCCGUGAAGCCGCCGGAGAAGAAGCGCCCCGCGACGCGCAUGCCGGGGCACCGCGUCGCCAUGUCGGAGUGCGACUGCCACUCCAAGCGAGAAGGCUUCUGCGGCUUUGACGCGCCGCUCAAGCAGCAGCCCCAGCCGUCGAAGGCCGCAGUGGACAAGCGGGAGAGCUUCUCGGUCUCCAAGAUAUGGAUGCGCGGCGGGCCGAGGCGGAAGGACGCGUCCUCAGGUGCCGCAAUCGCCGCCGGGUCGUGCUCGACCUCGCGCCGCGCGUCCUCGUUCCGGCUGUCCUCGGCGCUGCAGCGCACGGCGAGCGACGUCGGGGCGGCGGUGCCGAAGCGCCGGGCGGACGUGGUGAGCCCCGUGACGGAGUCGGAGUACAACGUGUCGACGUGGGACAAGAGCGCGAGCGGCAGCGUCGUGGACUGGGACCUCGAGUCCGCGGGCGGCGGCCACGGGCUGAGCUCCAGGGCCGACGAGGCGCCGUCGUUCGCGCGGCGGACGCUGCUCUGGAUCAGAGGCCACCUGUGAAGCGAAUGCGAAGCCGAGAUCUUGGCUUCUUCCAUCAACAGCUGGAAAUUUGCCUUGCUCCGGGACUGGAAGAAAUGGUGGAUAUGAGUUUGAGUUCAAAAGGAUUACAGCUCGGGAUUUCCAGAUGUUCCGACAAGGCAUUCCACAAAUUGUGUGUAGUAGGUUAGCUGUACUUGCUUUGGUUUUUUGCUGUACAUUCAACAUUGCUUCAGUAGGCAGGGUGAUUUCUGAA